AAUAACGGCAUUUUUUACACCUAUAGCGGCGUUUUUUAAAUGCCGCCAAAAGCUGAAUUUCCUGCAGUGGAAGUUCGGUUUUGAUGGUGUUGAUCUUGAUUGGGAAUUUCCUCAAAGCCCAAAAGAUAUGGAAAAUUUAGGCCAAUUACUCCACGAAUGGAGGGCUAAGGUCCAUCAGGAGGGUAAGGCAACAGGCCGGACCCCUCUCUUGCUCACCGCCGCCGUUUACUUCUCCGUGGACUUCUUUCUCUCCGACGUCCAACGCUCGUACCCGGUGGGUUCGGUUAAAAAGAACUUGGACUGGAUCAAUGUGAUGUGCUACGACUACCACGGAUCAUGGGACACUUCAGCAACGGGGGCCCAAGCUGCGUUGUUCGAUCCAAAGAGUAAUAUAAGCACGAGUUAUGGGCUUCGGUCAUGGAUCAAAGCUGGGCUCCCUCCAAGCAAGUUGAUCAUGGGCCUGCCAUUGUAUGGGAGGACGUGGCGGCUCAAGGACCCUAGAUCACACGGUGUAGGAGCUCCAGCUGUUGCCGUGGGCCCAGGAUCAGACGGUGUCUUGACUUACUCCGAGGUGGAGGCGUUCAAUAGGGCGAAUAAUGCCAUAGUGGUGUAUGACGGUGUCACGGUGUCUACGUAUUCUGUGGCAGGAGCAUCAUGGAUUGGGUACGAUGAUGCCAGAUCAACAACGGUCAAGAUAGAAUUUGCUUAGGUCCUUGGGCUUCAUGGGUACUUCUUUUGGGCCAUCAAUGGUGAUUAUGAUUGGAAAAUCUCAACACAAGGUAGAGUAAUUUCAAACGUAAAGCAAAUUUAUACCUGACAUAGUUGGGUAUUUAACCAUUUUAAUUAUAUGUCCAAAAAAAAGUUUACCCCCAUGGAAAAGGUAUGCA